GCGGGAGGUUUCCCCGGAUAUGUGGGUGUGCGCCUCUCCGGAGGGGAGGGCCGGGGAGGGGAGGAGGAGGAAGGGGGAGGUUACUGGCGGCGGCGGCGGCGGCGGCCCGGGCUCCGGCUGUCGGGGAAGCUGCUGAGCUGUGAUGGUGAUGACGAGGUGAAAAUGGCGGAUCUUUCGAAAUACAAUCCCAGCCCCUGACAUACCAGAGGCGACGGCCGCGGCGGCGUCGCCACCCGGGCUCCCUCCUCGGCCCCCGGGAUCCCUGUAGCGGUCCAGUUCGGGCAGACUGGGGAAGGAAGCGGCUGGCCGGAGCUACCGUGCACAGGCAAAACAAGCACCGCCCGGGCUCGGAAUUGCCCGGGACCUUCUGGAGUCCCCACCUCGGAGCCGGAGGGAGGAGACAGCGGCAGCCGCCGGAGUGCCUGAUCAACUUUCUAGCAGGAGAACGAUCAUGGAGGUGGUGCCAGCUGAGGUGAAUAGUUUGCUUCCAGAGGAGAUAAUGGACACUGGUAUAACUUUAGUGGAUGAUGAUAGUAUUGAGGCUGUUAUUGUUUCAUCCCCAAUUCCCAUGGAGACAGAACUGGAAGAAAUUGUCAACAUAAAUUCUACUGGUGACUCUACAGCCACGCCCAUUUCCACGGAACCAAUAACAGUGUACAGUAACCACACUAACCAAGUUGCAGUGAAUACCACAAUUACUAAAGCAGAUUGUAAUACCACAGUGAAACCAGCUUUUCCAAGUGGCCUUCAAAAACUUGGUGCUCAGACUCCUGUGACUAUAUCAGCCAAUCAGAUUAUUUUAAACAAAGUAUCACAGACAUCUGAUCUUAAACUUGGCAAUCAGACCCUUAAACCAGAUGGACAGAAGUUAAUUUUAACAACUUUGGGCAAGUCUGGUUCACCAAUUGUUUUAGCACUACCCCAUAGCCAACCCCAGGCUCAGAAAGUUACAACUCAGGCCCAGUCAGGAGAUGCUGAGUUACCACCGCAGCAAAUUAAAGUAGUUACCAUUGGAGGGAGGCCAGAGGUGAAACCUGUCAUUGGUGUCUCAGCAUUGACCCCAGGAAGUCAACUGAUUAAUACUACAACUCAGCCCUCUGUGUUACAGACCCAACAGUUAAAAACAGUACAGAUUGCGAAGAAGCCUCGAACACCAACCUCUGGUCCAGUAAUCACGAAGCUGAUCUUUGCAAAACCAAUUAAUAGUAAAGCAGUUACAGGACAGACAACUCAAGUAUCACCACCAGUCAUUGCAGGUAGGGUUCUUUCACAGUCUACUCCCGGGACUCCAUCAAAGACCAUAACAAUAUCUGAAAGUGGUGUUAUUGGAUCAACUUUAAAUUCUACAACACAGACACCAAAUAAAAUAGCCAUCUCACCUUUGAAAUCGCCAAAUAAGGCAGUGAAAUCAGCUGUGCAGACCAUCACUGUUGGAGGAGUGAGCACAUCACAAUUUAAGACAAUUAUUCCUCUGGCAACUGCUCCCAAUGUCCAGCAGAUUCAAGUGCCUGGAAGCAAGUUUCAUUAUGUCCGACUUGUUACUGCCACAACAGCCAGUAGCUCAACCCAGCCAGUUAGUCAGAAUCCCAGUACAAACACUCAGCCUCUUCAGCAAGCAAAGCCAGUGGUCGUUAAUACCACCCCAGUGCGGAUGUCAGUGCCACUUGUCUCAGCGCAGACUGUCAAACAAGUUGUUCCGAAACCAAUCAAUCCAACUUCCCAAAUAGUCACCACCAGCCAGCCACAGCAGCGGCUCAUCAUGCCUGCCACCCCACUGCCACAAAUCCAGCCAAACCUCACGAACCUGCCGCCAGGCACUGUGCUGGCACCGGCUCCGGGAACGGGGAAUGUAGGCUAUGCGGUGCUUCCCGCUCAGUAUGUGACUCAGCUACAGCAGUCUUCCUAUGUGUCUAUAGCAAGCAACUCUAACUUUACCGGAACACCUGGUAUCCAGACUCAGGCAAGGCUUCCGUUCAAUGGCAUAAUGCCAUCAGAGUCUGCCAGUCGGCCCAGAAAGCCUUGUAAUUGUACAAAAUCUCUGUGUUUGAAAUUAUACUGUGAUUGCUUUGCAAAUGGUGAAUUUUGCAACAACUGCAAUUGUACUAAUUGUUAUAAUAACUUGGAACAUGAAAAUGAAAGGCAAAAAGCAAUAAAGGCAUGCCUUGACAGAAAUCCAGAAGCUUUUAAGCCCAAGAUAGGGAAAGGAAAGGAGGGAGAAUCAGAUCGACGUCACAGCAAAGGAUGUAAUUGCAAACGAUCAGGAUGUCUUAAAAACUACUGUGAAUGCUAUGAGGCAAAAAUAAUGUGUUCCUCAAUAUGCAAAUGUAUUGGCUGUAAGAAUUUUGAAGAAAGCCCAGAAAGAAAGACAUUGAUGCACUUGGCAGAUGCAGCCGAAGUAAGGGUACAGCAACAAACAGCAGCAAAGACUAAGUUAUCCUCUCAGAUUUCGGACUUGCUUACUAGGCCAACACCAGCUUUGAAUAGCGGAGGAGGAAAAUUGCCAUUUACGUUUGUCACUAAGGAAGUAGCUGAAGCCACGUGUAAUUGCCUUCUUGCCCAGGCAGAGCAGGCAGACAAGAAGGGGAAAUCAAAGGCAGCAGCUGAACGGAUGAUACUUGAGGAAUUCGGGCGAUGUUUGAUGAGCGUCAUCAACUCUGCAGGAAAAGCAAAAAGUGACCCUUGCGCCAUGAAUUGCUAACUCUUGCACAAAAGACUGAUAAAUCGAACUGUACAGAAGAUUGAAGGUGCAGGGACACUUGAUUUUCUGGAAGAUAGUUUAACAAUUAUCGUAUUGUUAAUUCAGUCUUGUGAGACCUGAAAUUAUAAUAUUGAGAGAGGAGAAAUUUUAAAUGAGGAAAUUACAUUUUAAAUCUUAGUUAAAUCUGCUUAUGCCCCUUCUAAAUUGAAUUUUUCUUUAUUGUAUUAUAUAGAUUUUUAAUUUGCUUGGGUUUCUUAAGAACUAGAUGUUCUGUCCUUCUGAUUCUGUUGACAAAGAACAUUUAUAAAUUACUAUUAUAUAAUUUAUAAUGUA